GAAGCAUAAUCCUCUACGUGCAACUUCUUUUUCUCACAGGAAGUGCAGGCCAUCUAUUAGUGUCUUUUGUGGAAUUAGCCGCAGAAAACAACUUGGUAUACAGUCUAUGUGCUCUGUGAAGCUCUAGGGUCACUUUUCUUUACUUUCUUUUCACUCAAUGCAUGCCACAAUGCCUACAGUUCAUAUGCUCGAUUAUGUCGCCGGAAAUGUCCGAUCUCUGGUCAAUGCAAUCAAUAAAGUUGGCUACCAGGUUGAAUGGGUCAAGUCUCCCAGUGAUCUCAAGAAUGCAGAGAAACUUAUCCUACCAGGGGUCGGCCACUUUGGUCAUUGUCUAUCUCAACUUUCAGAGGGGGGCUACCUGGACCCAAUCAAACAGCAUAUAACAUCCGGGAAACCUUUCAUGGGCAUUUGUGUUGGAUUGCAAGCACUCUUCGACGGGUCUGAUGAAGACCCCGAUGUUCCAGGCCUGGGGUUGAUCCCGGUUCGCAUGCAUAAGUUCAAUGCCGAUUUCAAGAGUGUACCUCAUAUAGGCUGGAAUUCUGCCAUUGAUACAAAAAUCGGCUCUUCUGGGAACCAAAGCUUUUAUGGCUUGGAUGCGAGCAGCAAGUACUAUUAUGUUCACUCUUACGCGGCUCUCUACACCCCGGGCCUCCUUGAAGAGGAUGGCUGGUCUGUCGCCACUGCUACAUAUGGGAACGAGGAGUUUAUUGGUGCUAUCGCGCGAGGUAAUGUUUUUGCAACGCAAUUUCACCCGGAAAAAAGUGGACAGGCCGGGCUACAGACUAUUGGCGCAUUUCUGAAUGGUGAUUGUUUUCAGACACUCGCCCCCCGAACUUCACUCUCCCCGGGAAAAGGUGAUGGACUAACACGUAGGAUCAUUGCUUGUCUUGAUGUGCGUACCAAUGAUUCCGGGGAUCUUGUCGUCACAAAAGGCGAUCAAUAUGAUGUCCGUGAAAAGGACGGGGUGGAUGCUGGAGGCCGAGUGAGGAAUCUGGGAAAGCCAGUUGACAUGGCAAGAACAUAUUACGAACAAGGGGCAGACGAGGUUACAUUUCUGAAUAUCACUUCCUUCAGAAAUUGUCCAGUUGCGGAUACGCCUAUGCUGGAAAUCCUAAAGAGAACUUCAGAAACAGUCUUUGUGCCAUUGACAAUUGGUGGCGGAAUUAAAGACACGAUUGAUAUUGAUGGUACCCCAAUUUCCGCUCUUGAUGUCGCAACCAUGUAUUUCAAAUCUGGUGCUGAUAAAGUCAGCAUUGGCUCUGAUGCUGUUAUUGCAGCAGAAGAGUUCUAUGCAACUGGUGAGAAACUGACUGGGAACACAGCUAUAGAGUCAAUAUCAAAGGCAUAUGGUAACCAGGCUGUGGUUGUGAGCGUGGAUCCUAAGCGGGUGUAUGUGAGCAGACCAGAGGAUACCAAACAUCAUACAAUCAAGACAAAAUACCCCAAUGCUGCUGGUCAAAACUAUUGCUGGUAUCAGUGCACCAUAAAGGGUGGCCGCGAGAGUCGGGAUCUUGAUGUAUGGCAGUUAUCCAAGGCUGUUGAAGCUAUGGGGGCUGGUGAAAUCCUACUCAAUUGCAUUGACAAAGAUGGAAGCAACAGUGGCUUUGAUCUAGAGCUUAUUAAUGAUGUUAAGACUGCUAUCAAAAUUCCAGUUAUUGCCUCAAGUGGAGCUGGCAACCCUGAACAUUUUGCAGAAGUUUUUGAAAGUACUAAAACUGAUGCAGCUUUGGGCGCUGGCAUGUUCCACCGCGGUGAAUUUACUGUUGGUGAGGUUAAAAAUUAUUUAAGCAAUAGAGGUUUUCUUGUCCGUGACUUUGAAGCAGACAGAUAACAUAUAUUAUCUUCAACCUUGUAUGAUAAUUGUCAGUUAUUGCAAAUUUUGAUGAAAGAAUGCUACAUAUUAUAUAGGAACUGUUCUUGUUCCCCAUGUCACAGCAGCACCAUGAUUCC